ACGGACUAUCCUGCCCCCGGAACCCCGAGUAAAAAUGCGGGUGGGAAAUUCAGAAAUAGACUUUUUAAUAGACUCUGGAGCAGCUCGAACCGCUGUAAAUCAACCCCUUCAGCUGCCUGUGGCAGAUUCCCUCACUGUGGUCGGUGCUACAGGGAGAGGAACCAAGUGUCCAGUGUAUGCCCCAGCAGAAUGUGCUUUGGGAGACAGAACUCUCUCCCACAAGCUGGUUUACCUCCCUGACUGUCCAACGCCUCUACUAGGACGGGAUCUGCUUUGUCGCUUAGGUGCAACCCUGCAUUUCACCCAAGAUGAAAUCACUCUCACCCUACCCCCAGAGAAUGCCUGGAUAAUGACUCUUGCAGUUGAGCCCUCAGCCAUGCAAGCCCCAGAGUGGAGCCAGUGGGAGGACCAGGUUUUUCCUCUAGUAUGGGCAUCGGGGGUCCCAGGAAAGGCAGCCCAUCAUACCCCCAUUAAGGUUCAGCUCCUGCCAGGAAAAGGUCCAGUGCGGAUCAAGCAGUACCCGAUCAAAAGGGAAGCCAGAGAAGGGCUGCAGGAAACUAUAGAUCAGUUUUUGAAGUAUGGGGUACUGCGAGAAUGUCAGUCAGCCUGGAACACCCCCAUCCUGCCUGUUCGAAAGCCCAAUGGCACCUACCGGUUGGUCCAGGACCUGAGGGCGGUUAAUGAACGGGUUAAGACUCUGCACCCCCUUGUUCCAAACCCGUAUACACUCUUGGCAUCUAUAGGGGGGCAGUACACCCACUUUUCGGUCCUGGACUUAAAAGAUGCUUUCUUCACAAUUCCGGUUGAUACUCAAUCUCAGGAGAUUUUCUCCUUUGAGUGGGAGGAUGGGAAAAGAAUUAAGAAACAGCUUUGCUGGACUGUGUUACCUCAGGGAUUUAAAAACUCCCCUACCCUUUUCAGCCAGGCUCUGGCUAGAGAUUUGGAAGAAUGGGAUAAUGCGGACAAAAUCCUCCUCCUGCAGUAUGUAGAUGAUUUAUUAAUUGCAGCUGUGGGUCUGACUCCUUGCCUUAAGGCUACUGUGAGCCUCUUGAAUUUUGUUGGACUCCGAGGAUAUCGGGUGGCUCGGAGCAAGGCUCAAAUUGCCCUCUUAGAAGUACAGUACUUAGGGUUUCACAUACGGCAGGGAGAGAGACAGCUCUCAAAUGAAAGAAAGGAAGCAAUCUGUCAAAUCCCUGUCCCCAGCAAUCGUAAACGGCUUAGGGCUUUUCUGGGCAUGGCAGGCUUCUGCAGAAUAUGGAUCCCAGAGUUCGGAUUGUGGGUUAAACCUUUGUAUGAAUGUGUUAAGGGAGCAGACCACGACCCCUUUCACUGGUCCUCAGAAGCUGACAAGGCAUUUAAAGUGUUAAAGAGAAAACUAAUGGAAGCUCCAGCCCUCGGUCUGCCUGACCUUUCUAAGCCGUUUCAACUGUAUGUGCAUGAAAGAAAAGGAGUAGCCCUGGGAGUACUUACUCAAUUAUUAGGAACCUGGAGACGUCCUGUGGCAUAUUUCUCUAAACAACUGGAUCAAGUUGCUAAGGGAUGGCCAGCAUGCUUGCGAGCGGUCGCAGCAACUGCCCUAGUGCUUGGUGAAGCGGAGAAACUGACUUUGGGGGGAACUGUGCAGGUGUAUACCCCUCACAUGGUCCAAGCCCUGCUGGACACUAAGGGUGGUCUCUGGCUUACCCAGGCUCGGGUAGCUCGGUACCAGGCUAAACUCCUAGAAAAUCCUGAGGUUUCCCUGCAAACCUGCCCCUCCCUUAACCCAGCCACUAUGUUGCCAGAAACAGAGGAGCAGGAACAUGACUGUUUAGAAAUCAUAGAUGCCCAAUACUCCAGCCGUGCAGACUUAAAAGAUCAGCCACUCCCAAAUGCAGACCAUGAGUGGUACACUGACGGCAGCAGCUUUGUCACAGACGGACAAAGGAGGGCGGGUUAUGCUGUUGUAACUCUCCACGAAACUGUGGAAGCAGAGGGUUUGCCUGUCGGAACGUCAGCCCAGUUGGCUGAAUUGAUAGCCUUAACCCGUGCACUCGAAUUGUCAAAAGGAAAAAGAGUUAACAUUUUUACUGAUUCCAGAUAUGCCUUUGGAGUGCUGCAUGCUCAUGCUGGUUUAUGGAAGGAAAGGGGAAUGCUGAAAGCUGAAGGUUCCCCAGUUAAACAUGGGACACAGAUCCUCCGGCUUCUGGAAGCGGUGCAGCUCCCCUUGGAGGUAGCAGUUGUACACUGCAAGGCUCAUCAACGAGAGGAUCAGAACGUAGCCAAGGGCAACGCUAGGGCCGACAGGGAAGCCAAGCGAGCUGCCACCCUGAAACCAUUGGGAGCUGAGGAGGCCUAUAUGCAUGCUCUCAUCCCAUCAGUGGGUGAGCUCCCAGCCCCUCAGUACUCUCGCGAAGAAAGGAACUUGGCUAAUUCACUUGGGCUCCAGGAAAAGGAGGGAUGGCUCCACUCCACAGAAGGGAAAAUCCUCCUACCUAAAAGCCUAAUACGGCCAGUACUACAGAAACUACAUCAGACUACUCAUGCUGGAAGGGAAGCUCUCACCCAGCUUAUGAAUAAGUAUUUUCUAACCUCUGGACUUAGACCCCUGGCUUCCCAGGUACAGGCUGAGUGUUUAGUCUGUCAAAAGAAUAACCCUCGGCCAGGAGUGUCAGUGCCGCCAGCCACUCUGGAACCUACCCCAGGACCAGGAUUGGUGUGGCAAAUAGAUUUUACUGAAUUCCCCCGAACCCAAGGCUUCAGAUAUCUCCUUGUCUUAGUGGAUCGAUUUAGCGGAUGGCCUGAAGCCUUCCCAUGCCGUAACAACACUGCCAGAACAGUGGCUCUCAAGUUUGUCAAGGAGAUCAUUCCUCGCUUUGGACUCCCCCAGUGGAUGGAGUCUGAUAAUGGAACACACUUCACAUCGCAAGUUAUUCAGGGGAUUUCAGAUGUCUUACAGAUCCCCUGGAAGCUCCACACUCCAUGGAGACCACAGGCCAGUGGAGUAGUGGAACGCACUAAUCAGACACUCAAGCGGCAUCUCUCAAAGGUCUGCCAAGAGGCUUCUCUUCGGUGGCCUGAUGCCUUACCCCUUGUUUUGCUCCGAGUUCGUGCUCUCCCAAAGGGCAGGUAUACCAAAGAUUUGCAGCCUCUCCCGCUGGAUGCCCCUGUCCACUCCCUGCAGCCCGGUGACUCCGUUCUCGUUCGUACCUGGAAGGACGAGCCUCUUCAAGAGAAGUGGAAGGGACCCCACACCGUCCUGCUGAUCACCCACACAGCAGCAAAGGUCGAGGGAUACAAGAACUGGAUCCACCACUCUCGUCUGAAAGCAGUACCAGCUCCUGAACGGUGGACUGUCCAGCCCGCGGAGAAGACUGCCAGCGACGAUCUGGGACUUAAGCUGUUAUUCAGGCGACAGUAAGGCCUACUGGGAAUGCCCUGUGACCCCUUUGGACAGUUACAGCGCACUCCCCGUGAAAA